AUGGCUGUGGCCUCUGCCACCCCAGGGAGCAUCUUCUGGAAGCAGCUCCCAUUCUCUCUCCUGGUUUUAAUAUUAUUUUGCGAUGCUUGUCAGAAAAUUUCCCUUCAAGUUCCUUCUCAUCUUCGGGCUGAAGCACUUGUAGGCAAAGUGAAUCUGAAGGAGUGUCUCCAGUCGGCCAGUCUAAUCCAGUCAAGUGAUCCUGACUUCAGGAUUCUAGAAGAUGGCUCCAUUUACACAACACAUGACCUUGUUUUGUCUUCUGAAAAGAAGAGUUUUUCCAUUUUGCUCUUUGACAGUCAGGGACGGGGUCAGAAGGAGAUAGAAAUUGUACUGGAAGCAGGAGGAAAGAAGAUUCCUAGGAGACAUAUGAAAGACACAGUCCUCAGGCGAAGCAAGAGGCGAUGGGCGCCUAUUCCGUGCUCACUGAUGGAGAACUCACUAGGUCCAUUUCCACAGCAUGUGCAGCAGGUUCAGUCUGAUGCUGCACAAAACUACACCAUCUUUUACUCCAUAAGUGGACCAGGGGUAGACAAAGAGCCCUUCAAUCUGUUCUUCAUAGAUAAAGAUACAGGGGAUAUAUUUUGUACAAGAAGCAUAGACCGUGAGCAAUAUCAAGAGUUUCCGAUCUAUGCCUAUGCGACCACUGCAGAUGGUUAUGCACCUGAGUACCCACUUCCCCUGGUAUUCAAAGUUGAAGAUGACAAUGAUAAUGCCCCAUAUUUUGAAAGCAAAGUGACUGUCUUUACUGUGCCUGAGAAUUGCCGAACUGGAACUUCAGUGGGAAAAGUGACUGCGAUAGACCUCGAUGAACCUGACACGCUACAUACUCGUCUGAGAUACAAAAUCUUGCAGCAAAUUCCAAACAAUCCACGACAUUUCACCGUACAUCCAGACACAGGUGUCAUCACCACAACUACACCUUUACUGGAUAGAGAAAAAUGUGAUACGUACAAGUUAAUAAUGGAAGUUCGAGACAUGGGGGGCCAACCUUUCGGUUUAUUUAAUACAGGAACAAUUACUAUUUCUCUUGAGGAUGAAAAUGAUAAUGCACCAUAUUUUACAGAAACUUCUUAUACUGUAGAAGUAGAAGAAAACAGAAUUGAUGUUGAGAUUUUACGAAUGGCGGUACAUGACCAUGAUUUGCCAAACACGCCUCACUCAAGGGCUGUGUACCAGAUCCUACAGGGAAAUGAAAAUGGAACCUUCAAAAUUAGUACAGACCCAAAUACAAAUGAAGCAGUCUUGUGUGUUGUCAAGCCACUGAACUAUGAAGUCAAUCGCCAAGUUGUUUUGAAAAUUGGUGUACUUAAUGAAGCACAAUUCGCUAAAGCAGUAAACUCAAAAACUACUACAACUAUGUGUACUACAACUGUCACUGUUAAAGUUAUAAACAUUCAUGAGGGCCCUGAAUGCCAACCACCAGUGAAAGUUAUUCAGAGUGAAGAUUGCCUCCCCGCAGGCACAGAGCUCCUUGGAUACAAAGCAGUGGACCCAGAAAGGGGCACUGGCGAGAACUUAAGGUAUAAGAAGAUACGAGAUGAAGAUAACUGGUUUGAAAUUAAUGAAUACACUGGUGACUUGAAAACUGUAAAAGUGCUAGAUAGAGAAUCAACAUUUGUUAAAAACAACCAAUACAAUGUUUCUGUGAUUGCAUUCGAUGCAGAUGGCAGAUCUUGCACCGGAACGUUAGUAGUUCUUUUGGAAGAUAAAAAUGACCACCCACCGCAGAUAAAAGAAAAAGAACUGACAAUUUGCCGGCAUGAUAAGGAUUUUGCUGUCCUCGAACCUAUAGAUCAAGAUGGACCUGACAAUGGGCCACCUUUUCAAUUCAUUCUUGAUAAUUCUGCCAGCAAACUUUGGACAGUAGAGACAAGAGAUGGUAAAACUGCCAUUCUUCGGGGACAGCAAGAUCUUGAUUAUAACUAUUACACUGUUCCUAUCCAAAUAAAAGACAGACAUGGAGCUUCUGCAACAGAAAUGUUAUCAGUGAGAGUAUGUGAUUGUACAAUUCCAUCUGAAUGUAGAAUGCCUGCUAAACUUCCGAGAGAGGCGACACUAGCAAAUGUAUUCCUUGGAAAAUGGGCUAUACUUGCCAUGGUGUUAGGUUCUGUAUUGUUGUUAUGUAUUUUGUUCACAUGUUUCUGUGUUACUGUUAAGAAAACAGUAAAGAAGUGUUUUCCAGAAGAUGUAGCACAACAAAAUUUAAUUGUAUCAAAUACUGAAGGACCUGGAGAAGAAGUGAUGGAUGCAAAUAUUAGACUCGCCACACAGACAUCCAACAUUUGUGACACAAACAUGUCUGUUGGCACCCUUGGUGGCCAGGGAGUCAAAACACAGCAAAGUUUUGAGAUGGUCAAAGGCGGCUACACUUUGGAUGCCAACAAAGGAGGUGGACAUCAGACCCUGGAAUCUGUUAAGGGAGUGACGGACACUGGCAGAUACACAUACAGUGACUGGCACAACUUCACCCAACCUCGGCUUGGCGAAAAGGUGUAUCUGUGCGGACAAGACGAGGAACACAAGCUCUGCGAAGACUACGUUCGCUCCUAUAACUAUGAAGGGAAAGGGUCUGUGGCCGGCUCCGUGGGCUGCUGCAGCGAUCGGCAGGAAGAAGAGGGGCUUGACUUCCUAGAUCAUCUGGAACCCAAAUUUAGGACUCUAGCGAAGACAUGUGUAAAGAAAUAA